UCUUUAGCCUUUGGAAGGAGUCGGACGUCGCUAAGGGAAGCUCCUGAGUUUCCUUUCAUUUGACCAAAGAACCCAGGCUUAACCUAGUUCAGAGCCGGUCUAAAGGGCGGCUCCGUCGAUGGCCAGCUUUCCCCCGACUGUUAACGAGAAGCUCAUUGGCCGAUCACGGACCGUGGGAGAACUUCUAGCCCCAGCGUCUCCUUUCGACAAAAAGUGCGGGCGGGAAAACUGGACCGUCGCCUUCGCUCCAGAUGGCUCUUACUUUGCUUGGUCGCAAGGCCACCGCAUAGUAAAACUUGUACCUUGGUCCCAGUGCAUUAAUAAUUUUUCCCUGCAUAGCGUCAAGAACUUUGUCAACUCAAGCCAUUCCAAACUUUCGAGACAGAACAGUGAUGACAGCCAGAAAAACAAGCCCCGCGAACACGUUAUAGAUUGCGGCGACAUCGUCUGGAGCCUCGCUUUCGGAUCAUCCGUCCCCGAGAAGCAGAGCCGAUGUGUGAAUAUAGAGUGGCACCGGUUCAAGUUUGGCCAAGACCAGCUACUCCUGGCAACAGGCUUAUCCAAUGGGCGUAUCAAAAUAUGGGAUGCCUAUACAGGAAAGCUCCUCCUUAACUUAAUGGACCAUACUGAAGUUGUCCGAGACUUAACAUUCGCCCCCGAUGGGAGUCUGAUACUAGUAUCCGCCUCAAGAGACAAAACACUACGCGUGUGGGACCUAAAGGAUGAUGGAAACAUGAUGAAAGUAUUAAGAGGGCACCCAAACUGGGUGUUCAGCUGUGCUUUUUCUCCCGAUUCUUCCAUUCUUUGCUCUGUGGGAGCCAAAAAAACAGUGUUGCUUUGGGAUAUGGAUAAGUACUCCCUCAUCCGGAAACUGGAAGGGCACCACAACGAUGUUGUAGCCUGUGAGUUUUCCCCCGACGGAGCUUUGCUGGCUACGGCAUCUUACGACACCCGGGUUUAUGUCUGGGAUCCGCAUACUGGAGUGAUUCUGAUGGAAUUUGGGCAUCUGUUUCCCCCUCCUACUCCAAUAUUUGCUGGAGGAGCAAACGACCGAUGGGUCAGAUCUGUAUCUUUUAGUCACGAUGGGCUACAUAUCGCAACGCUUGCUGACGAUAAGAUGGUGCGGUUCUGGCGAAUUGACGAAGACUAUCCUGUGCAGGUUGCACCUUUAAGCAAUGGCCUUUGCUGUGCCUUUUCUACUGAUGGCAGUGUUUUAGCUGCUGGAACACAAGACGGAAGUGUGUACUUCUGGGCUACACCCAAACAUGUUCCCAGCCUCCAGCAUUUGUGCCGCAUGGCAAUCCGGCGAGUGAUGCCCACCCCUCAAGUCGAGAAAUUGCCUAUUCCUCCCACGGUGGUGGCUUUCCUUUCCUACCGGAUGUAGAAAAGAAAUGAGCUGGGGAGAGAUCUGUCUGAUAAUGUCGGGUAAAAGAAAGCAUUGGUCUUCAAAGCCUUUGAGGGCAGACACCACCAGGCUUUGAAAUAAAUACAACCAUUUUCCCUCCAGAAACAAAACCAAGACCUUGAAUGUUAAUCUUAACCGAUUUUUUAAAAGAUGCUAUUUAUAAAAGACAACAUUGUCGGACAAUUUCCCCGACGCCCCAAAAUUCUUAACUGUGAAAAUAUGUACAUAAAUAUAAGCUGCUCUGUGUUGCCAUGUAUAUCUCUUGUGAUUGCUUUUUUGAUGAUGGCAUGUAAUGUGUGCGUGUAUAUGUGUAUAUAUUAUAUAUAUGAAUAUAUCUGUGUAGGUGUUUGAGUGUAUCCGAAUAUGCAUACAGUACAAAAAGCCAGCCUUUGCCUGUCUCUGAGCCCCAAAUGCUGGUUCUGUCCUUCCUCUUUGCACGAUAUAUCUAGUCUCUCCGGAGACGCAGGCUUGCAUUGGUGCUGUGUAAAAUAGAACCAGCAGUUCUUGUCUUUGGUGCACAGAGAUAACAUAACAAUUGGCAAACCUUCAGUGGCUUUUAUACCAUGUGUCAGGCAGGCCCUCCAAGGUGCAGAGUUGUGUUGUUUUACUUGCAGUUGCAAAGUGUGUAGGGACAGUUCACCAAGUGAGUCAUCUUCAGGGAGGCCUUAAGUUUGCAAAAGUAAAUGAAUAAAAAAAGGAAAAGUUAACAUGUGGAAUGAAAAUGGGCAUCCUCAAAUCUUUGAAAUCCAACUACUGUAUUAUUGUCUGGUAACUUCUCUUUGGGAGCGGCUCACAGACUUGAUAUUUCCCCAUCUUCUGCUCUUCUGUAACCUCUUUGUCAUUUCAAGGGAGGUGACAUUCGGGGGAAACUACCAAAGACAAGCAACAGUUUUCCCCUCUUUGCUUUUUGUUUUGCCUUUUGUUAAUCUGCAGAUACAAAGAAUGUAUGUACCACAUGAAAUGCCUAAUGGAUGCAUAUAUUGGGGGGGAUUUUUUUGUAUUAAAGAAUUGUACAAAAAGCUC